AUGGCAUCCCCCAUCUUUGGUGAUAAGCUCGCGGACUUCCACGAUAUUGCAUACUCUAGCUAUUCUCCCGACGACGUUGCAAAACUUCUUGCUGCCAACCAGACCCUUCCGGUUUCUAUUGCUUCUUUUAAGGUCCAGGGUGCUGGCUCUAAAACCCGCUCAUCUUUCCUUCGCGCUCAAAUUGACCCGCUUGUCAAUGCACCGGCCACUCGCACUCUUCCAGAGCUUUUGAAGCAGCUUGAUGCCACAGCGCGUCGUUUCAAACGUUUUGGAACCUACUCAGCAGCCGAAUUCAAGCUUGACCUGGCUACUGUGACCCCCUACAAGGCUCUUCUGGCCGCUGAAAACGAGUCGUCAAGUUCUCCGGAUUUUGCUUCUGAUGACAAUCCCCUCCAUGAACCUUACCGUGGUAUUAAGCCUCUUGACCUCAAGGCUACCCUUAUUCUUACACAGGCUAAUCCUCAUCCUAUUCACUUGAAGAGUGUUGUUCGCGACAAUGGUCCUGCUGCAUUUUCUGCCACUGCUGCUCUUAAGAACUUGCUUGGUGGUGCUGAAACACUUUCAAUUGUAGCCAGUCGUGAGACUUCUCCCACUGCUUCCGCCUCAUAUGCCGCUGAAUUUUCCGCGCCUCUUUGCAUCAAAUCUCCCGACAACCGUGUUCAUCUUUCUGCCUUUAGCACUGACAACACCGCUGCAUACCCGUCCCUAGCAUUUGCCACUGGCGCUCGCGGUGCUUCUCUCAAACUUGUCGCCAAUUCUCCCUGCCAUCCCGCUAGUUUUGCCGAGUUUGGUGUUGCAACUGUUCAACGCACUCUUUCAGACCUUGGCUCAGCCUCCGAAACUGUCAAAAACACACCAGCUCAAUCGACCAAGACUUCUGUCUAUUCUCGAUUUGCUAUUGAUCUGAGAACCUCCAAACCAGACUCUCCACUUUUUGUUGAUGGUGGAUAUCUUCUUGAUUGGCAGACUGAGGCUGCUGGUCUCGGUGACGCUUCCAAAAUUUCUGGUGAUGUAGCUUUCCUCAAGACUCAAGCUGUUGCUCAAGCUUCUAAGUCUCUUGACCCCGAAAAUGACCAUAUUGUUUUCAGUGCUGCUGCCGGUACUGGUCUUCUCUGGUCAUAUGCCAGACCCGGAUAUGCGCAAUCAUCUACUUUUUACGAUCGCUUUUUCCUCGGUGGACCCAAUGGAGGUAUCAGUGCAUCUUCAUCCAGCCCUCCAGGUGUCUUCCUCCAUGCAUACACACCCUCUGGUCUUGGCCCCAGAGAUGGCGCUGAUGCAAUUGGUGGUGAUGCUUAUGCUGCAGGUUCCGUCAGUGUGCUUCUUAAACUCCCCCGGCUCACGCGUGGUUUUGCCGCAGAAUAUCUUGCACCUCUUCGCGUACUUGCCUAUUUUACACAAGCCUCACUAAUAGAAGGCUCCACUGCCCCAGACCGUAGUGUUCGCUCUCUCUACAAGAGUAUCUUCGACAGCCCUACAACUUCAGGUGGUCUAGGUCUUAUCUACCGGACAUCUGCAGCUCAGCUUGAGCUUAUUUAUAGCGCGCCAUUUGUCGUUCCCUCGAGCGCGGAGGCUGCUGUGCGCAAGGGAUGGCAGCUUGGUGUUGGGUUUGAUGUGGAUCUUUAG